ACGAAAAAAAAAAAGUGGGCGAUUUUCGCUCUACGAGGCACCCUUGCAUGGUGUGACCGUUAAGAACGCUAGAAAUCUGAAUCUCGUUUAUGCACUUCAUUCUCAUCAUAACCAACCUAACCUAACCUAACCCUAUCCAUGAAUUCCUUUUGUGGCUCCCAACACCGCACAAAACCCGUUCCAGCUCGAAUCUCCGACCAACCCACUUCAACCUCCUCCUCCUCCGACCACCACCACCCCAUGGCACCGCCCGCCACGUCACCAGUGUUUCGCUUUCGCUCGCUCUCCAGCUGCGCGCACAACCGCCCCUCCCCCUUGUCCUCCUCCUUCACCGCCACAACCGUGAAGCGAUCCACCUCCGUGAGGUUCACGCGACAGCACACCGCCACGCGCAACGAGGUCAUGCUGAAGGACAUCGUCGGGAGCGGCAUCUCCGGAAUAUUAUACAAGUGGGUGAACUACGGGCGCGGGUGGCGCCCCCGCUGGUUCGUCCUCCACGACGGUGUUUUGUCCUACUACAAUAUCCACGGCCCUGAUAAGCUAGUCCUCAACCACGAGGUCGAGGCCGAGGCCAUGGUCAUUGGCGAAGAGUCCCUCCGCCGCAUCAACAGCCACCGCCAUUGCCCCUCUCGCAACCACAAACCCGUCAGCGAAAUUCACCUCAUGGUGUGUUCGGUGAGGGAGAACAGGUCAGAUGAGAGGAGGUUUUCUGUGUGUACGGGGACAAAGAAGAGGCUGCAUUUGAGGGCGGAGAGCAAGGAAGACAGAGCCACCUGGGUGGAGGCAAUGAUGGCCGUCAAGGACUUGUUUCCUCGCUUGUCCAAUGCAGAGGCUAUGUCACCCGUGGCCUCGGUGCUAGUUUCCACAGAGAGGUUGAGAGAUCGGCUUUUAAUGGAGGGUGUGAGUGAAACUGCUAUCAGGGAAAGUGAGGAAAUCAUGAAGUCUGAGUUCUCACAGUUGCAGAAGCAUAUUGUGGCCCUCAAGCAGCAGCAGUCUCUACUUAUGGACACGCUGCGCCAUUUAGAGGCAGAGAAGGUUGACUUGGAGAACACACUUAUUGAGGACCGAAGGCAAUCCAAGGAUGAAACAGAUCCCUAUCUAUCAACGCAAAAAAAGUAUAGUGAGGGAAGUGGUGAUGAUUCUUCUGAAGAGCACUAUAGGAACAAUCACUCAGAAGAUGAGGACGAUGCAUUCUACGAUACAUGUGAUGAUAUUCUAUCAACAGGCUCUGACCACCCGAGAUCCUGCCAUGAUUCUGAAUGUGAGGAGAUUAUUCCAAAUGGUGAUGAAAAAUCCCCCACCGGAUCUGUUGGAUUUAAUCAUCCCCACAUCAAGCGACGAAAGAACUUGCCUGAUCCUGUUGAGAAAGAGAGCAGCGUCAGUCUUUGGUCAAUCAUAAAAGAUAACAUUGGGAAGGAUCUUACAAAAGUUUGUCUUCCAGUUUACUUCAACGAGCCUCUCUCCUCACUGCAGAAAUGUUUUGAAGAUCUUGAGUACUCUUAUCUUCUAGACCAAGCAUAUGAAUGGGGUAAAAUGGGUGACAAUCUAAAGAGGGUGCUGCAUGUGGCUGCAUUUGCAGUUUCAGGGUAUGCUAGCACCAAUGGUAGGAGUUGCAAACCGUUUAAUCCACUGUUGGGUGAGACAUAUGAAGCAGAGUAUCAAGACAAAGGCAUUCGUUUUAUCUCUGAGAAGGUCAGUCAUCACCCAAUGAUUGUUGCAUGCCAUUGUGAGGGAAAAGGCUGGAAAUUUUGGGGUGACAGCAAUUUAAAAAGUAAAUUUUGGGGUCGUUCAAUUCAACUUGAUCCCGUUGGAUUAUUGACGGUAGAAUUUGAUGACGGAGAAGUCUUCCAUUGGAGCAAGGUAACAACAUCCAUUUACAACCUCAUUUUAGGAAAAGUCUACUGUGUCCAUUAUGGUACAAUGCGUGUAGAGGGGAACCGUGAUUAUUUAUGUAAGAUAAAAUUCAAGGAGCAGUCAAUCAUUGAUAGAAACCCUCACCAGAUUCAUGGCGUAGUGGAAGAUAAGAAAGGUAGAACAGUGGCAACUCUGUUUGGGACGUGGGAUGAGAGCUUGCAUUACGUAAUUGGAGGGAAUUCUGGGAAAGGAAAAGGGUCCUCCUAUGUGUCAUCAAAACCACAUGUUUUGUGGAAGCGAAGCCCAACACCAGAGUACCAGACAAGAUAUAACCUCACAGAAUUUGCUAUUACACUAAAUGAAAUCACACCUGGAUUAAAGGAGAAGUUGCCACCGACAGAUUCAAGACUAAGACCUGAUCAAAGGUGUUUGGAGAAUGGACAGCAUGAAAUGGCCAAUUCUGAAAAGUUGCGGCUGGAACAAAGUCAACGGCAGGCACGAAAGGUGCAAGAGAAGGGUUGGAAACCAAGGUGGUUUGCCAAGGAAAAAGGCAGCAACUCUUACCGUUAUGUUGGAGGGUACUGGGAGGCCAGGGAAAAGGGGAACUGGGAAUCUUGUCCUGACAUUUUUGGCCAAGUCUCAACCGAUACUGAUUUUAACCCAACUUCAUAAAUUCUCAAUACUUUUACCUACCUACUCCCCAUACUACCACACCCCUUUUGAUCAUAGCAUAUAUUCAUAACCAUAUUUAUGAUCAUUACUUUUUUUAGCAUUCAACAAAUAUGGUUGAUUAAUGCCUGUUAUGUAUAGGUUACGUAUAGAAAACAGUGGUUCUUACUUCUUCCUCAACAAGGUAACUUCCCAUUUCCCAAUUCCAUCUGACAACAACAGCAAUUUUUCUUACUAUCAGAUACUUAUUUCAAAGUUGGGUCUAUAGAAUGGAUGGAGUGGAGUUUUGUAUGAAAGUCAUAGUUGGUAUACUAAUCAUAUAAAUGCUACAUAUCCACAAUAUGGAGAAAAGCAGGCAAACUCAUUAAA